UGAUUCUCAAUCCUUUUGCUUCCUCAGCGAAAACCCAUCAUCAUGAAGCAAACCAGAAACGCUGGAACCGCCGAGGCUCCUUACUUCGGCACCAUUUCCUCUUCUUCCUUCAAAAACCUUCUUCCCACUUCAUUCGCUUCCAAACUCAACAAAACCCUUAAAAACCCUAAGUUGCCCAGUUCAGAUGCCGAAAACACUCCCCCUACUGAUCCCAACAUCCAAAUCAACGAUCACAACCACUCAUUUCCCUCCAUAACCAAACAUGCGCAUUCAAAAUCCCCAAUUUCUCAACACAAAGAUGCCACAGAAUCUAAGAGCUCACUUGAAUCUGACCCAUCAGUGAAGGUUGUGGUGCGAAUCAGACCUACCAAUGAUAUUGGAAGACUUGGAGAUAAGACGAUUAAGAAGCUUUCUUCUGAUACUUUGUGUGUUGGAGAUAGGAAGUUUAUAUACGAUUCAGUUUUUGAUCCAAACUCCAACCAGGAAGAUAUUUUUCAGUCAGUGGGUGUUCCAUUGGUUAGAAAUGCCUUAGCUGGUUACAACACUUCCAUUUUGUCUUAUGGCCAGUCUGGAAGUGGAAAGACGUAUACAAUGUGGGGUCCUCCUAGUGCCAUGUUUGAGGAACCUUCAGCCCAAAGUCACAAGGGAAUUGUUCCUCGGAUCUUCCAAAUGUUAUUUUCUGAGCUUGAAAAGGAGCAGCAUAUGUCGGAGGGGAAACAAUUCAACUAUCAAUGUCGAUGUUGUUUUCUUGAGAUAUAUAAUGAACAAAUUGGGGAUUUACUUGAUCCAGCCCAGCAAAACCUUGUGAUGAAGGAUGAUUCCAAGAAUCCAUUGUAUAUAGAGAAUCUGACGGAGGAAUAUGUCACUAGCUAUGAUGAAGUGACACAACUUUUGAUUAAGGGCCUCUCAAGCAGAAAAGUUGGAGCGACAAGCUUAAAUUCUAAGAGCUCUAGAUCACACAUAAUUUUCACCUUUGUCAUUGAGUCUUGGUGUAAGGGAGUAUCAUCAAAUGGUUUCAGUAGUUCAAAAACUAGCAGAAUUAGCCUUAUUGAUCUUGCUGGAUUGGACAGGAACAAACUCAAUGAUGCAGGCAAAAAAUGUUUAAGGGAAAGCAAAAAUGUAAAAAAGUCCUUAUCUCAGCUUGGGCAUGUAGUAGAUGCUCUAACUAAAGGAACAUGCUCCGGAAAAGCCAAAGAAAUUCCAAGCAGGAAUUCCUGUUUAACGCGCUUACUGCAAGAGUCUCUUGGUGGAAAUGCCAAACUCUCAGUUAUCUGUUCAAUCUCUCCUGAUAACAAGAAUAAUGCUGAGACACUGCGAACACUCAGAUUUGGACAGCGAGUAAGGUCCAUAAUAAAUCAGCCAGUUAUCAAUGAAAUAAAGGAGGAUGAUGUUAAUGACUUGAGUGAUCAAAUCCGGCAGCUGAAGGAAGAACUCAUUAGAGCAAAGAUUGACAUUCAUAGCUCAGUAGAGAGUAAAAAUGGAUAUUUCCAAGAACAUAAUGUGAGGGAAAGCCUUAACCAGUUGAGAAUCAGUUUAAACCGCUCUCUUCUCCUAUCUCACAUUGAUAAUGAACCCAAGGAGGAGGUAACCGUGGAUGAGGAGGAUGUAAGGCAAUUACGCUGCCAGAUUGAUGAAUUUUAUAGUUCAUGUGAAGCGAAUCCUAAAGAUAUAUCUGCCAGUGAAGAUUGUGUCCAGUAUUAUUCUGGUGAGGAAAAUUAUGAUACUGAUAUGAUCAGUGGCGACGAACAUGAAAAAGAUGAAGUAUGUUCUGGAGAAGCAUUGAGUAAGCUUUGUAAGGAGGACAGUGUUGUGGCUUCGGUUGAUACCUUGUAUGCCUCGGUAGAUGACAUGUGCUCAACUAACACAUCAAGGUCAAUUAGAUCUUCAUUCAGAGAUAGCAUUUCUGUUAGUUCAAGCAAUCGAUCUCCAAUACUCACAGAACCACAGUUGUCUGAUUCCCCAAAAAUAAGGAAUACUCAUAGGAAGAGUGUGGCGUUUUCAUCAAGUUGUCUUGGUAGUUGGAACAAGGUAGCAGAGGAGAAUUUGAGAUCCAGUAGUGAUGUGUUAAGACAAUCAUUUAAAGAGGAUGAGCAUAUCCGAUCCUCACUACGUUCAAGCAAGGUUUUACCAGGCCCAACGGAGUCUUUGGCAGCAAGCCUUCAGAGGGGACUACAGAUAAUUGACUCUCACCAGCGAAAUUCCGCACUAAACAAAUCUUCAGCUUCGUUCUCUUUUGAGUGUUUAACCCCUUGUCAAGAAAUUGAUAAGGGUAAGAGGUUUUCUGUUGAUGAAGGGUCUACACAUUUGCUUUGUGAAUCUUGCCGUAGAAAAAUAUCUGAUGUAGAGUCCAAGGAAGCACAUAUUGACAAAGUUGAAGCAGACAAAGUUCAAAAUGAUCUGGAAAAUGCAAUGGCAAAAGCCACCAUGAGGGAGAAGGAGCUAGAGAAUGUUUGCAAGGAGCAAGCAGCUAGGAUUGAGGAACUAAAUCAAUUGGUUGAGAAAUUGAGAGGAGAAAAAGGAUUGAACUCCAUUAUUGUGAAUGGUCAAGAUAGCAUCAAGGAGAUAGGAAAGGAAGAAGAUUAUAACUCGCUCGGAGGUGAAGACGAGCUUCCAAGGAGCACUUCCCCAGACAUCAAUUUACCAGAAAUUUUGGAGGAAAAAUGUGAAAUCAAAGAAGUUCAAGUCCAGGAAGAAUUAACUCAAAGAGACAGCUCUUUUGAUGCUAAUGAGAAAGAAGAACUUCUAAGGGAAAUCCACAGCCUAAGAAGCAAGCUGCAAUUAGGUAGUGACAUAGCAGUUAAAAGGUCCACCGACAAACUGAGAUCUUCAUUGAGAUCUAUUCAACUGCGAAAAAGUGGCAUACUUUCUCAAGGUAGUGGUGGUGAAGAGCUGGAGAAGGAAAGAGAAAGAUGGACCGAAAUGGAAAGUGAAUGGAUUUGUCUUACUGAUGAGCUAAGAGUUGAUCUAGAGAAGAACCGGCAGCGAGCAGAGAGAGUGGAGUUGGAACUGAGGUUAGAGAAGAAGUGUACCGAAGAAUUGGAUGAUGUGCUAAAAAGAUCAGUUCUUGGACAUGCUAGAAUGCUGGAACAUUAUGUUGAGCUACAAGAGAAAUAUAAUGAUUUGGUUGCAAAGCACAAUGCUAUAAUGGAAGGCAUAGCCGAGGUGAAGAAGGCUGCAGCAAAGGCUGGAAAGAAGGGUCAUGCUCGCUUCGCCAAGUCUCUUGCAGCAGAACUUUCUGCAUUGAGGGUGGAGCGAGAAAGGGAAGCUAAAUUCUUGAAAAAGGAGAAUAUGAGCCUCAAGAUUCAACUUCGAGACACUGCAGAAGCUGUUCAUGCAGCUGGAGAACUACUUGUUAGACUCAGAGAAGCCGAGCAUGCAGCCUCUAUUGCCGAGGAGAAUUUUGCGAAACUGCAACAUGACAAUGAGAAACUAAAGAAACAGAUGGAGAAGCUGAAAAGAAAGCACAAGAUGGAGAUGAUUACCAUGAAGCAGUACCUUGCAGAUAGCAAAUUACCAGAAUCUGCACUCAAACCCCUGUACAGAGAGGACUCUGAUGUGCAGCAUAACAAUAACAAUGCAGAUGAUGAUCAAGAAUGGAGAACAGAAUUUGGAGCAAUCUAUCAAGAGCAUCAUUAUUAGUUCUUUCAAUUUGAUAAAUUUCUUCAUAGCUGACUCAGAUCCUGCUCGGAUCAAAGCAACUGAAUCAUUUAUUUCAAUUCAAUUCUUUGUAUUCUUUUUUAAUCUAUUAUUCUUAUUGACACUACCAAAUUUUAAUCUAUGACAUUUGUGUUCGUUUUAUUGAAUGAUAUGUGAGAUUCACAUACCAUAUAAAUCCAAUACUUCAUUCAA